AUCUAAAGCGUAUAAAAACCCCGCUGAUAUUGCACUAAUGCUCCAAAGAGAUCUAGAAUGGCUCAUCCGACCAAGUUCUUAGCUCUAGCUGUGCUCACAGUAGCUGCUAUUUCUUUAUUACUGCCUCAUACAUCAGGUAAGAGCACUGCUGAAGAAACUGAUGACACUGUCAGCACUUCGAUAGAUUCAGAAGCACUGUACGACGCCGAGCGGACACCCGGCAGGGACAGGCGCGAUGCAGAUCAUGACGCCAUCUUACGGAGUUCAUCAUCUGAUGAAAUCGCAGAGCGAAAGAAGCGAGGUUUUCGCCUACGCAGACGAUCAAGAAGAUCAGGAAGUAGAAAUAGAAACAGAUCUAGUCGGUCUCGCCGAAAAGGUUCCAUAGGGGGUGCUCUAACGGGGAUUGGCUCGGGACUAGAUGUAGCCAGUUCUGCCAUGGAUCUUGCAAAUACUGUGCAAGCUAAUAACGACGAUUACGAAAGGGACAGUGCAGAAGACAUAGAGAGAAAGAAGCGACGUUUUCGCCUACGCAGACGAUCAAGAAGAUCAGGAAGUAGAAAUAGAAACAGAUCUAGUCGGUCUCGCCGAAAAGGUUCCAUAGGAUCCGGAGUAGGGGAUGCUCUAACGGGGGUUGCUUCGGGGCUAGAUUUCGCCGGUUCUGCCAUGGAUCUUGCCAAUACUGUGCAAGCCAACAACGCCGAUAACGAAAAUGACAGUGCAGACGAAACAGACGUUACAGAAUAAAAUGUAACUGAAAAAUAUAUAAUUAUUAAUAAAUAAUAAAUGUCAAAUG